CACCAAUCACUCCGUCCUCUUUUCUCUCUAUCGAAUAGACUGAACGAUACCAUCCCAUCAAGCAGUGAACCAGACUCGAACUUACAUUCACUUUGCCAAUUUCCUCAACACGCCAUCCACAUAUACCCAUGCCAAAAACCACAUCCACAAUCCCAAACAUGACCACCACCCCACAACCUCAACCACCAUCCCCAACUUCAACCCCAGGAAGCACAACAUCACGAGCAACGACACAACAAUACCACUCAUACCUCCUCACCCUCCGCGAACAACAUACCUCCCCUGCCCCAUCCCACCUCCAAAUCCUCCCCCCAUCCCCAUCCCCACCACCAAACCCCAACAACGACAAGGAAGAAAAACCCCCCCGCAACCUCCUCAGAAAAGCCAAACCAAAAACCAAGACGCCAGAAGCGCCAUCACGAUCGCCUCUGAAAAUCGAACACACGACCCACGACAACGCAUCGCCCUUCCGCAUCGUCCAAUCCCGCUUCGACUGCCGUCAAACGUACCAAACGUACGAACCUCGAAGUCCAACUCGAACUCGACAAACUCAAGACGAACGCGAGAGAGAAGGACAGGGACAAACGCCCUCACUGUCCAGAAGUACGAGUUCUUCCUCACCUAGUUCGAGCGGUUCGACGCCACCGACGACAGUGAGCUCGUCCUCGAGGAGAACGAGUGUGAUCGAGGAUCCGAAUGGCAGUGUCGAGCGGUUCUUAGCUCACAUGAGGCAGAGUUUCGAGGCUAGGCGGGAGAAGGAGAUGGGAGGUGGUGGUGGUGGGUCGGGGUAUGAUGUCUUCGUCGAUGAGGGGGAGAACGGAUUUCUUCCUGUUGACACUGCGCUUUGA